AUGGAAACUCCACAAGAAAUGCGACCGAAGAGGGUCGCGGUCGUGGGCACAGGCAUGGCCGGUCUGGCGACCGCCCAUCUGUUGCAUCAGGAUCCCCAGAAGCGGUAUCAAGUCACCGUGAUUGAAAAGAGGAAUCAAAUAUCGCUGAGCGCCGAGUCCAUCCGAAUCCCUUCGUCAGAUCCGCACGGUCAACCGGUCUGGGCAGAUGUGCCCAUGCGCGCCUUUGCCGGUGGCUUUUACCAGAAUUUGGCGCGGAUGUACGACUAUUUAGGGGUGGAUUAUCACGAACAGCCGUUUUUGUUCAGUUUUACGAGAAUUCCCCAGCGACAGCAGUCAUCAUCCCCGUUGCCGCCAUCAAACUCGUGUCUCCCAGGUCCGCAGAUGGUCUACGCCUCGAAUUUCCACCAAUUCCCUCCAAUUCCUCGAACCUCUGAGCUCAUCCACUGGUGUGUGGAAGCCGUCUAUGCGGUUCUGUGCUAUCUCUGGUUCACAUUCUGCUGCUUCUUCAUCCCACCGCACGAAGAGGAUCUGCAGAGCGGACGUUUGAGUGAAUCGUUCGACCAUUACCUCCGACGAGUUCGCAUGCCUCAACACUACACGGAUCACUAUCUCCUCCCGCUCAUCUCCAGUGUCUGCACCUGUUCGCAUCAGGAGCUUCUGAAUUUCCCCGCGUCCGACGUGUUGGAAUAUAAGCGCCGCACGCAUCGCCAGCAGCACUACGUGGUCAGCGCGGGGGUGCAAUGCGUACAACCGAAGCUCUUGGAAGGCGUGGAAUUGCGACUGGGUGUCAAUCUGACGCGGGUGAUCCCCGAUGGCCACGGAGGAGUGAAGCUCGAAUACGCGACAGAGGCAGGGGAAUCAUCAUCCGAACACUUUGAUCUCGUCGUUCUGGCGGUAUCGCCCGAUGCGGCCGCCGCGCUCUAUACCGAGGUUCACGCGCCCCUGUCAGCCAUCCCUACGACCUCUGUCGAAACCAUCGCACACACCGACGAAUCUACCAUCCAACCCAUGUUGCAGGCAACAAAGACCACCGCGUCGAUGAAACGCGCCCACAAGUCAGGAGGGACGAACCCAAAGACCCCUCCCACCCAACGAAUCCACCUCUUAUCCAACGGCAGCAUCACCGAGGCCGUGCAUGAGCAAUCCAAUUCCAUCCUCGUGUCGACGAAUCCGCUCUUCGCCGUCGACAAGUCCAAGAUUAUCCGUUCUGCGAGCUUUACGCGGGUGCUCCGCAGUCCACUCAGUCGCCUGUUGGUCAAUUCCAUCUUCCAAAGUCGAGACGAGGAUGAAGACGGUGACGAUGAGAGGAAGGAGAGGAAGAAGAAUGCGCCCACUGCAUCCCCAUCCGCGGCAUGCACGUGGCGGAAUGGAGACUACGGCGUCUAUCUUGCUGGUGGCUGGUGCUGGGAUGGCAUGGUGCUACUGGAAGGCUGUAUUGUAUCGGCGAUGAGGGUUGCUACCGAGCUGGGUGUGGCAGUACCCUGGGAUGAUCGAUCAUGA